AUGCUGUCUAGAGCUAGUAGACGUGAUAAGUUGAAAGAACUCAAGGAAGCUAGACAAGCAGGGUCAAGUUUGAUAACGUAUUCAGAUGGAGAAGAUGAUCAAGGAAUAUAUGAUGAAGUUGACGAAGAAACAUAUAGAGAACGCAAAAGAAAUCAGAUGAUGAACGAUGAUUUCAUUGUUGAUGAUAAUGGAGAGGGAUAUGUUGACAACGGUGUGGACGAAUGGGAUGACAGCACGAGACCUAAAUAUUACUCCGAUGAGGAAGAAGAAGGAACCGGGAAAAAGAGAAAAAAGAACCAGAAGAAACCCGUAAAGGUGGCGAAAACGUCGGAGAUCAAUAACUUCUUUAAAAGUGGUGGGUUUACGUCCAGCAAAGUGACGGCCCCAAAAAAGAUCGACGCCAAUAUCGAUGAUAUUCUUGAAGAUUUCCUGGAAGUCAAGAACGGUAACAAAAAGUCAACGACUACUUCUAACUCGUUUGGAGUACAAAGAAAAACUGCAAAUAAAAAGAAAUCGAAGCAGAAUGCGUUCAGCUUCUCUACUAUGUCAAAGAGGGAUAAACCAAAAAGAAUAGACGAGUUGAGCAGCCAUGACGAUUAUUCGAUGGACAUCGAUGCCAGCGAGCAACCAUCAUCACCUAUUAAAAGGGAAUCAACUAACCUUAAAGAAGAGAUUAAUGUGAAUGGAAUGGAGAAGGAAAAUGUCGACCCUCAAGUAAAGAAAGAGGAUACCCCUGAAAAUAUAAAUGGCGAUGUCCAAGAUGAAGAUGACGAAGAAAUUGACGAUGAUUCAGAAGAUGAAGUUAUCGUUACUAGAAGGCCACGGGCUGCAGCUGCUAAUAAACAUAAAGCCGCAAACUUUUCGGCCGUGAAGGCUUCUAACGUCCCAUCACCAUCACCAUCCAGACCAACAGCUCACUCUUUGGUCAGUCAUACAGAAAAGCUUGACGAAUCAAAAAUCCUACAAGAUUCAGGCGAAGCUGGAAAUGAAUCUUUCAAGAUGUUUUGGCUCGAUUACUGUGAAGUGGAUAACUCCUUGCUUCUUUUCGGUAAGAUUCAGACUCGAGAUGGCAAUCUAGUGUCUGGUGUUGUUAAAGUUAAUGGAUUAUGUAGAGAGUUGUAUUUCUUGCCUAGAAAACAUAGAAUAAGUAAUGAUGAAGAAGAUACAGAAGAUGAGGUUUCGGCAUUAGAUGUGCACGAAGAAGUUACACCAUUGUUAUUGGAAAAAUAUGGCCUUGAAAGCAUCAAGGCUAAGCCAGAGACUAUGAAAUACGCAUUCGAGCUUCCUGGCAUUCCAAAGGAAGGCGAAUACUUGAAAGUUUUGUUACCAUACAAGACGCCUAGAAAUAGGUCUUUAAUAAUUCCAUCUAAUUUGGAGGGAGAGACAUUCAGUCAUGUCUUCGGGACGAAUGCUAAUAUAUUCGAAGCAUUAGUCCUGCAACAGAAUAUCAUGGGCCCUUGUUGGUUGGAAAUUAGUAAUGGUAAUUUUACAGAAAUACAGAAUACAUCACACUGCCAAGUUGAAGUUGCAGUGAGUUCUCCUAGUUUUGUUAGACCUAUUGUUGAUCUAAAGUUGGCCCCACCUAAUUUAACGGUAACUUCAAUUUCUGUCCAGACAAUUAUGAAUACAAAACAGAACAAACAAGAAGUUGCCUCUGUAUCCAUUGCAACAUACCGUGAAUUACCACAAGACUCACCGAUUGAUGAAAAUAUUAAACCUGACGACCUUGUAGUAUUGGUUAGGCCUAUAGGAGCAGUGGCUGUACCUCCAGGACUCGCACAAUUGGCUCAGAAACAAGGGUUACCUCUAAGGACAUUUCCUAACGAAAAGGCAUUGUUAAACUGUUUGGCAGCUUUAGUCAAAAAUCUAGAUCCAGAUGUGUUUAUUGGUCACAGAUUAGAGAAUAUUUCAUUAGAUGUGUUGGUCCACAGAAUGUAUGAUUUGAAAGUAACCACUUGGUCUACAUUUGGUCGUCGUAAUAGAAAAGCAUGGCCGGACAGAUUUGGUCGUAACAAUAGUGGUUUUAAUAAUAAUUUACAAAUUCGUGAAAUUUUCCAAGGAAGAUUAUUAUGUGACAUUGCCAACGAGAUGGGUCAAUCGUUGACUCCUAAAUGUCAAUCUUGGGAUUUAAAUGAAAUGUAUGAUGUUGUUUGUCAUAAAAAGCAGAUCCCCCUAGAAAUUAAUUUCCAUAAUCCAAGAUAUGCUGAAGAUGCAAGUUUCUUAUUGAUGGCAUUGAAAGAAAAUGCGUCCAAUGUUAGAAUAACAGCAGAAGUUGCAUUUUCUAUUCAAAUAUUAUCAUUAUCGAAGCAAUUAACAAAUUUGGCUGGUAAUGCUUGGUCUCAUACUUUGAGUGGUACAAGGGCUGGUAGAAACGAAUUCAUUUUGUUACAUGAAUUUAAGAGGAAUAAUUACAUUGUGCCUGACAAAGAAGAUAAAUACCAUAAAAAUACAAACCAUCAGCAACAAGCCAAAUUAGAAUCCAACGAAGAAGACGCUACUACGGCUACGUCUAAUAAAAAACCAAAGUAUCAAGGUGGUUUAGUUUUUGAACCAGAAAAAGGAUUACAUAAAAACUAUAUUUUGGUAAUGGACUUCAAUUCUUUGUAUCCAAGUAUUAUUCAAGAAUAUAACAUUUGUUUUACAACAGUGAAUAGAGAUAAUUACAAUGCUGCAAAGAUUGAUGAAGGUGACUUGCCUGAUAUUCCAGAUAGAGAAGCGGCGCAAGGUGUAUUACCACGGUUAUUAAAUGCUUUAGUUUCUCGUCGUCGUGAAGUCAAAAAGUUAUUAAAAGAUCCUAAGAAUACUGCAAUAGAAAGGGCUCAAUAUGAUAUCAAACAGCAGGCAUUGAAAUUAACGGCCAAUUCGAUGUACGGGUGUUUAGGGUAUGUUAAUUCAAGAUUCUAUGCCAAACCUUUGGCUAUGUUGGUUACGAAUAAAGGUAGAGAAAUCUUAAUGGAUACAAGACAAUUAGCGGAAUCUAUCGGGUUGAGAGUUGUCUAUGGUGAUACCGAUUCUGUCAUGAUCGAUACUGGCGUAGAUGAUUUCAAGGAGGCCAUUAAGAUCGGUGAAGAAUUCAAGAUUCAGGUUAAUGAAAGAUAUAAGUUAUUAGAAAUUGACAUUGAUAAUGUUUUUAAAAGAUUAUUGUUACAUGCUAAAAAGAAGUAUGCUGCGAUGACUACUAGUAUUGAUAGAAAGACUGGCCAGGAAAUUGUAAAAUUGGAAGUUAAAGGUCUUGAUAUGAGACGUCGUGAAUACUGUCAGUUAUCCAAAGAUAUGUCUACUUUCGUAUUGGAGAAAAUAUUGUCGGACGCUGAUCCAGAACAGGCAUUAAGUGAUGUCUACGAAUAUUUGGAGGAUAUGACUAGAAAGAUUAAGGAUAAUGAAAUUCAAGUUGAUAAAUUUAAAAUAAAUACUAGGUUAUCCAAGGAUCCAAACAGUUAUCCUAAUGGGAAAACAAUGCCACCAGUACAAGUUGCAUUGAGACUAAGAGCACUGGGGAAAGUGAUCAAAGCAGGAAGCGUCAUAACAUAUAUCAUUACUGCACCUGCUUCAGAAGAUGAUAAAGCACCUCCAGCAGAAAGAGCUAGGGCAAUUCAAGAGGUCUUGAAUAAACAAGCCAAUUUAAAGCCAGACGCCGAUUUCUACUUGGAGAAGCAAAUUUUUGCACCCGUGGAGAGAUUGGUCGACAGAAUUGAGGGUGUUGAUAUGAUGAGAAUUGCCAGUUCUUUAGGUAUUGAUACCAAAAAGUAUGUAUUAAGAGUUAAGAAUAGCGAUGCCACCAACGGCGAAAUUCUUCCUUUAGAAUCCAAUAUUAGUGACAGCGAGAGAUUUAGACAAUCCAGUUACUUGGUAUUAGAAUGCAAAUGUGGUUCUAAGUUUAGAUUUGGUGGAAUUAUGGCCUCGGACGACUACAAAGUCACCUUCAAUGGUAUUUGCUGCUCAAAAUGUGAUUAUACUUUCCCGGUGCUAAGAAUCACGGCUCAGGUGGAAUACACCUUAAGAAACCAUAUCUCAUUGUACUAUGCUGGCUGGUUAGUAUGCGACGACUCUGCCUGUGGUAUUACAACGAGACAAAUCUCCGUUUAUGGUAGACGUUGUAUCGGUACUUCUGGUAAGGCUCAUGGCUGCAAAGGUGUAAUGAGAUACAAAUACAGUGAUAAAGCUUUAUACAACCAAUUAUUAUACCUCCACUCAUUAUUCGAUGUUGAUAAGGCAAAGAAAAACCAACUCAGACCUAUUUACGAUGUCAAGGCACCACAGCCCUUAGCUUCGGGUCAAGUAGAUGCAUUGGCUGAACAAAAUAGAGAAUUAUUUUCUUCAUGCCAGAAUGUGGUACAGAAAUAUUUAAGUGAAUGUGGUCGUCGUUACGUUAAUAUGGGUUCCAUAUUUGAUUUCAUGAAUUCUUCUAAGUAG